CCUUACUUCACUCUUUCGAGAAGACGAAUAUUCUUUUGUUUUGACUACAUUGCACCUACGGUGUCCUAGUGUGCAUAUGCUCGCAUCAUUUUAUUUGUUUGAUUGAAAUUUUUAUAAGUUCAUUUAGUUUUUUUUAAUACAAAAAUGUUUCAUAAUGGAUUCAGAUAUACGAAUAAUGGAAAGAAAAAUGGUUACACAUAUUACAAAUGUGCGGGUUCAGCAAUAUAUUUUUGCAAUGGUACAGCAAAAAAAAGUUUUAAUAAUGUUGUGACUGAACUUAAGCCACACUCGAAUAUACACAUAUUAAAUAAUAAUAAUAAUGAAAUUAUGAUAAAGUCUUUUAAAAAUAUUUUGAAAUCGCGGUCAAAAUCUGAAAAUUUACCAUUAAGAACAAUUUAUGAUGAGGAAAUGUUACGACAUACUACAGCUGCUAGUUUAUAUACUUGGCCAACAGCAGAAAGCAUGAUGCGCUUAGCUCGUAGAUCAUCAUUUCCUACAUUACCACAAAAUUUAAACGAACUAUCUAUAAAAUUUGAAAAUAAUGAUUUACCAAGGUAUACUUGUUGUAAUAGUUCCAUUUUUAAGGGAUGUGUAACUGAUAAUGAUGGAAAGUCCAGCAUAAUAUUUGGGUGUAAUAAUUUAAUUGAGCACGUUUUAGCAAACGGUAUUACAGAAAUGCAUGUGGAUGCUACUUUUAAAGUUGUGCCGAAUAAUACAGGACAACAACUUUUGACACUUCACUGUAUGAUUGACAAUUAUUCUAUACCCGUAGCAUAUUCUUUGAUGGAAGCAAAAACUAGAAAUGCAUAUCUUUGUGUUUUCAAUUUUAUGAAACAAAAUAUGUUUCCUAGUCUACAACCUGAAGUUAUAAUGACAGAUUUUGAAACAGCACUAAGGGAUUCUCUUACCAAUUCAUUUGGUGGUUCACAAACCAGAGUAGUUGGUUGCUGGUUUCAUUAUAACCAGGCUAUCUGGAAAAAAAUGAAAGCUUUGGGAUUCCUUCAUUUGGUUAAUGCCAACAAUCAUGCAUUAAAAACUUUAAAAAUGCUUAUGUGUUUGCCACUUUUGCAACAUAACGAAAUUGUACUAGGAUUUCAGCUAGUAAAAGCAUAUGCUGUAUGCCACAACACACCAAUGGCUGAACUGUUCAAUUAUUACAACAGAUACUGGAUUAAUCAGGUAGGGACAAACAUUCUAUCAGUCCACAAUUUACCAAGAAGAACCAAUAAUAAUUUAGAAAGCUUCCAUAAUUCAAUGAAAUAUAAGUUUUCAGUUAAUCAUCCAAAUUUAUGGGUUUUCUUAGGUCACAUAACUGAAUUAAAUACUAAAUACCAUAUAGUUUUAAAUCAACUAGCUAAUGCUCUACAACCCACCAGAAACCUCAAAUCGGUAUACCUAAUGAAUUCAAAAUGUAUAAAAAGAGCAACAGAACAAAAGAGUGCUGGAUUAUUAUCGAUUUGGCAAUUUUUAAAUAAAUGUUCUCAUUCAUGCUCGAGUUAUGAGAGAAGACAAAGACAUUGGGCUUUGGGUAUUGAAUACAGAGCAACGCCUGAGGACAAUGAAAUUGAUGUACCCUCCCCGCAAACUAACAAUAAUUUCGACAUUAUAAACCCAAAUAUAAGGUCUAAUGGAUCUUUUUGUAUAACUUGUACAAUAAUUGAGGCUGGAGACAAUGUCUCUCAAUAUAUCGCUAUACCUUGUGGUCAUGCUUGGAUAUGUGAAUCCUGUGUGGCAGUUUUGGAUACACAAUAUCCUAAAACAUGUCCAAUUUGUAGAGCUGAAAUAGAACAGUUUCAGAGAAUAUAUUUUUCAUGAAUCAAUGUAAAUAUUAAAA